AUGGCGCUUGUAAUGCUACCUUGUGAUCUUCCCUGGUGGACGUCAGUGCAACGGCACUUGAAGCAUCUGCUCCUGGCGUCUUCGCCGGCGAAACUUACAGCCAGCAUGCUGAAAAUACAUGACAUGUGCAACAUCGGCAUAGACCCGGAUGAUGAUAUCAAGGACCCGGAGCUGAUGAAAGGGCUGGAGGUGUUCCUCGAGGAAGAGAUGACGGAGGAGGAGAGGAGGCACUUCCUCGAUAAUACUAUUAGGAUCAUGGUGAACAAGGCGCUGCACCUCAAGCGCUGGCGACCGCCUAAAGGACUGAUGUUCAGCUUACAACAACAAAGUGAUGUAACGGAACUAGAGUACAACUUCGUAUCGUCGCUGGUGGCACACGCCUUCUUCUCCACGAACCCCAAGCGGACGCUCAAGACACACCCCACCUUGCAAGACUUCAACUUUACCCAUUUUUUUAAGAAUUUACACAGAAAAUCGCAAAGGAACAAAUUAAAAAGCUUACUUCACUACUUUGAAUGGUUAGAUAAGAGUAGCAACGAGGGAUCCAUUAAGUUAAGCAGACAGGUGAUGACGUCAAAACAGUGGUUGACUAUAGAGGACUGGUUGGAAUGCACGUUGCCGCUGUGCAAGUUGCUGGUGCGACACGAGGGUCGUCCCGAGCGGUGCGAGAAUGACGAGGCCAUCAGAGUGUGCUUCGCGUCCAGUAGGGUCGGCGGUGAUACACUCAUUGAUGGAGAAUCACAGGAAUCCCUAUCUAUGUUUAUGAUGCCGGAGCUGCUACCGGCGAUGCUGUCGGUUGAGGCGUUGGAAGACAAUGAGGUGCUCAAGGUGGAAGGGGUCAGACUAUUCAGCAGGAUCUGUGACAAGAGACAGAAGACCAAAAUCGAACUACUUGAUGAACCAAAAACGGUGACCGUUUGUCUAAUGGACGCGGAAGAUUAUAGCAAACUGCCACUGGGGCAGUGGGAAGAAGACAACGUGCUUCGAGAACUCAACAAGUGCCUACUCGCCUUCCAACAAACUCCUAUGAAGACCAGAGAGGGCAACCGACACGAACGGAGACUCUCACCUAUUGGAGAAUCGUUCAGCCACACGCCACCUGAGGUAGAGGCGACAGUGGUGAUAAAGCAAGCUUCCUCGUGCAGCACGCUCAACAGCUACAACAGUCGCAGUCCUUCGCCGCAGAACUAUUGUGCUGCCACCCUCAAUCUUAACGAUCCUAGUGCAGAAUUCACAAAGAAGAAAUGUUGGUUAUCUCCGGACGGUGGCAUGUUGAACAACCGGCGCGGUCGUUUCAUAGUGCUGGGAUCCUCCGGCGAGUGCUUGCCAGUGACGCGGUCUACCGGCGCCCUGCAGGACGGGCAGGAAGACAGUCUCUACUCCAGCUGUAACUCCAGCGACGACGAAUACCACAGCGCUAAUGAUAGCUUCGAUUAUGGCAGUGAAGACGAAGGUCGUGGCGAGAGUGCUCGUCCCAAUUCAUUCCAGUACCUCAAGGAGCUGUCGACGGAAGAAAGACGGCUGAGUUUCGCAGACAGACUACGGGAGGCUUUGAGAAGAGAAGCUGAACAUUCUACCACCACAAGCACUGGGGACUGGUCCACUGAUAGUUCUAGCUAUGCUGUCGGUAUCAGCAUAUCUGGGGCGGGGGUGCAAGACAAUGAUAUCAGGGUAAAACGCGGAGGUUCAGUUGGCUUCGUGUUGACGGAGAAGGAGACUGUAAGCAACGGCGAGCCUUCACCGAGACAUCGACCGCUCGGCAGGAAGGACACCGGCAACAGUUCUAAGUACAGCUUCAGCACCGAAUACACUUCGGAGUUAGAAGAGGUGUACGAGCAGUUCAACCAGUGGCUGAACGACCCCAUCGUCGACGCGGAGUCCGGGGAACACAAGAACAGGGAACUCGACUCGCGAGACUUGGCUGUGAUUAGGUUUGCAGGCUCCCUGUUGAAGCGUACUCUGUCGGAGUCUCUAGCAGUGGGCGGCGGUAGCGGCGCGGACGCCGCGGAACUGUACGGUCGCGAGCCGCGCGCGAUACCGCCGCGUCCGCUGGCGCUGGCGGCGCGCUCACUGUCUCUCGAGCUAGCAAGGCACAAACAUCGACUGGCUGCACAUCUCAAACGUAAAGUAAAAGAAUCUAUACCGGAGGAGAUAAUAGAGGGCACGCGAGCGACCGCGACCGCAGACACAGAACGCGGCGACGAAGUCAAACGUACGGACACGACUGAGUCAGACACUGAGUCCAACCGCGGACUCAGGAGGAAAAAGUUGAACUGGAUGAUAAACAUGAUCGUAGAGACGAUUGAGGAGACCGUCGAGUGCGAGCCGGUCACUGUAAAGCUAAAGAAACCGAAGCUGUCGCAGUUGGCGCAAAAGAUCGUGUCGGGCGGCGCGUGUCGGCCCGUGGCCACGGGCAACUGGGGCUGCGGCCGGCGGCUGCGCGGACAUCCACAGCUCAAGCUGCUACUGCAGUGGCUGGCCGCCAGCGUCGCCGGCGUGCCCGCGCUCAUCUACUACACCUUCGGCAACGAGAAGCUCUUCAAGUUGGACACACUUGUCAGGGUCCUAGUGGAUAGAAAAUGGACGGUGGGUCAGUUAGCGCGCGCAGUUCUUAAGUUCGCGCGACAGACGCUUAACGAACCGCACGUUAUACCGGACAACCAUUCGCUGUUUGACGAACUAAUAGGCAUCGAGAAGAUACCAGACGACACAUAG